UCUGAUAUCUGAUAAAGCUUGCCUUUCGCAGUACAGCUCACAAGUACACCCGCAGGCACAGACAAUGCCAAACCACCUCAAGUCUUGCUGCAGCCUUUUACAGGAUGGUUAAAGAUUCACAGAGCUGAUAUUGAGGAAAUAACAUCAUGGGGAGCAAAUGCUCUGCAAUGAGGAGGGGUAAGAGGAAAGAAGAACGCGAAGAUGUGGUUUCCACCAAAGUGCAAAGAAGAGAAGAGUCUCCUCCCCUCCAAAGGAGGCCAUCUCUGCAGGAAGAAGGUGGAACCAUAAAGGAGGAGCAGGCUUUAGAGAGGCAAGAAGAAGAAACCGGUUCUGAAAAACUGGAAUGUAGUGAAAAGAACAGUUCUCUGGUACAGGAAUACACUGUUGCUGAAGUUAACAGCCCAAGUCCUUGUCUCUCUGAAACACAAAACCCUGCUUCGGCUGUCACAGUGGAGAAAGAAGAAGCCGACUGGGUGGACAAAAACAGGGCUAAGCUCAUUCAGGACGUCACAUUAGUGAAGAAAAUUGCCGAUGAGAUGCUCCAAAUGAAGAUAAUGCAUAAAGAGAUGUACAGCAACAUCAUGGCUGCCCCGACCAGCCAGGAGCAGAUGAGGGAGCUCUACAAGACCCUGAAUACUCUAAAAGCCAAGUCUGCCUUCUAUAGGCUGCUCCAGGAAAUUCAGCCAGAGACAUGCCAAACAGAAGAGGUCAUCAAAAAAGCAAUCAAAGAGCACAAAGAACAUCUGAGGAAAAAGUUUAGAUACGAGUUUGAAGGCACUGAAAAAGAUCAAAACCGUAAACAAUUAUUGGACAAAAUUUACACGGAGCUUCACAUUGUACAGGGCGAGAGCGAACAUGUCAAUAGAGAACAUGAGAUCCGGGAGAUUGAGGAAAAGGCAAGGUGUCAAACAGCUGGAGACACUAAAAUCAACUGCAAUGACAUCUUUAAAAGUACAUCAGAAGGUAUCGUUUCAUCUGAGCAAGACAAUGGAGAAGUGAGCGAAAUCAGAACCGUGAUGACAAAGGGAAUUGCCGGCAUCGGGAAAACUGUGUCCGUGAAGAAGUUCAUCCUUGACUGGGCUGAUGGGCGAGCCAAUCAGGACUUGGACUUCAUCUUUGUGCUGCCCUUCAGGGAGCUAAAUCUGGUCAUUAGGCGCUCAUUUAGCCUUGAGACACUUGUCAGAGAAUUCCAUCCAGAACUACGAAACCUAGCAGUUGCAAGAAUAACUGCUAAUCACAAGGUUUUGUUCAUUUUUGAUGGUCUUGAUGAAAGCCAGCUUGAACUGCAAUUCAAGACUGUCGAAAUGUUGACAGAUUGCACUGAGAUAUCAUCGGUGAACACUCUGGUGACUAACCUCAUCCGGGGACAUCUUCUCUCAUCCGCUCUUGUCUGGAUAACUUCAAGACCAGGGGCUGUUCAUCUCAUCCCCCGCCAGUAUGUACACCAGUGGACUGAAGUCAGAGGAUUUGAUGAUCCGCAAAAAAUACAGUACUUCAGGAACAAAAUUGAAGACAAGGCAGUUGCUGAAAGAGUUGUUGACAAUGUUACGGCCUCCCGGAGCUUGUUCAUUAUGUGUCACAUACCUAUUUUCUGUUGGAUUGCCGCAAAAGUUCUAGUGUACUUGCUGAAUAAAAUGGAUAAGGCUAAAGAUGAAGACAUAUACAUACCCACAACUCUGACUGAGAUGUACACACACUUCCUUUGCAUUCAAAUGCAGCUAGCUAUCGAAAAGUAUGACAACAGGAAUGAGUCAGAUACAGAGGAAAUCUUCAAGUGGAAUGAAGAAUUCAUUUUUAAACUAGGCAGGAUGGCAUUUGAGCAUCUGAAUGAAGGCAAAAUCAUAUUUACUGACAAUGAUCUGAAGAAGUAUGGCAUUGACAAAGACAAAGCUGGAGUUCACUGUGGGUUGUGCACACAGAUAUUCAAAGAAGAGAGCGUGUUCUGCAAAAAGAAACUCUACUGCUUUGUCCACCUGACGGUUCAGGAGUACUUUGCUGCUCUUUUUGUCUACCGCAGUUUUGCAAGGAAAACAAUCGAUUCUCCAAGCCUCAAGAAUUUCCUGCUCAAAGGGUCUGAGGAAGAGCUUGAGGCUAUCUUGAAUGCAGAUCCAGUUGAUUUACCUUUAUAUGAGCUGAUGGAAAUCUCAAUAGCCAAUUCAACUCAGAGAAAGACAGGAGAACUGGACAUGUUCCUCAGGUUCCUCAUUGGCAUGUCCCUGCAGUCAACACAAGAACUACUUGGAGGCCUGAUUCAACAGGAGGCAGAAGAGGAGCACUCAGAAGUGGUUGAGGAAAUUAAGAAGAGUCUGUUAGAGAUAGAUUUAGGAGACUGCUCACCCGAAAGAUGUCUGAACCUUGUUCAUUGUCUGAUUGAGCUGAAAGACAGUUCCCUACACGAGACUGUGCAGAAGUGUCUGAAACCAGAUCAUAAUCCAGAUUCACAGCUCUCCCCUGUCCAGUGCUCAGUUUUGGCAGACUCAAUUCUAAUGUCAAACACGCCUCUAGAUGAAUUCAACCUGAAGAAAUACAGACCAGCGGUAAAAGGGAUUUUUAGGCUUGUCCCAGCUGUCAGAAACAGCAGAAAAGCAAGAAUCUCAGGCGUGAACUUUGAUGUUUGGAUUUGUGAAACAAUCUCCUCAGCUCUUCAAAUGCCAAAGUCUGUGCUAACUGAACUGCACCUGUUAAAUAGUACCUUUUAUGAGAAAGGAACAAAGGUCUUGAUUGAUGGGCUACUAAACUGUCAGUGUGAACUAGAAGCUCUGAGUCUCUCAGGUGAAGGAAUUGGCCAACCAGACUGUGAAAAUAUGGCCUCAGCUAUCAAGUCACUCAUCUCAAACCUAAGAGAACUGGAGCUGAGUGACCAAAUACUGAGAGGUUCACUAUACUCUUUCCUUUCUGUUGGGCUAGGCAUUCCUAAACUGGAGAAGCUCAGACUUAACAGAAACUAUGGGAUUGAAACGAUCUGUGCGGAGUUGGUGACGGCGUUCACAUCCAACCCUUGUUCCUUGCGAGAGCUGGAAAUGAAUUACACCAGUUUGAAAGACUCAGAAAUGGAGAUCCUCUCCACUGGGCUGACGAGCACCAACUGCAUUCUGGAAGUGUUGAGCUAUAUGCUAUAUAGCUAUAUGCUAUAUUGCUAUAUGUUUUUCAGUCUCCGUCACAACAAACUCACUGAGAAAGGUUGUGAGGUAUUGGCCUCAGCACUCUGCUCCAAAUCUUCCCACCUGAAAGAGCUGGACCUGAGCUACAACGAACUGCAGGACUCAGGAGUGAGGGCGCUCUGUACUGCACUGAUGAACCCACUCUGUGGUUUGAAAAUAUUAAGGCUGUCAUUCUGUAAAGUGACGGGUGAUGGAUGUGUCGCCCUGGCCUCGGCUCUCAGGUCCGACCACUGCAGUCUCAAGGAGCUGGACCUAAGUUUUAACUACCUUGGAGAUCAAGGAGUCAAUCUGCUGACUGAAAUACAGAAGGAUUCACGCUGCAGUCUGGAGAAACUCAAUGUGGAUGAAAAUAAAGAAUACUGGUUUGACCUGAGGCUACUGAGACAGUAUGCCUGCAAUCUGACACUUGACCCUAACACAGCAGGCUUGAAUGCAAUUUUGACAAAAGAGAACAAAAAGGCAACACAUGUUGGUGAGAAGCAGCCAUAUCCUAAACAUCCAGACAGAUUUGAUGCCACUCAAGUACUGUGUGAAGAGGGUCUGACCGGUCGCCAUUACUGGGAGGUUGAGUGUGAUUCAGCUGAUGUUGGAGUGGCAUACAAAAGUAUAGACAGAGUGGCAGAUUGUUCAAGCGAAUUAUCUUUAGGAGGGAAUGAAAAGUCUUGGUGCUGGAUGCACGAAGGGAGCUUUCGUCAUAACAAUUCCAAUGUGAAAUGUGUCAACCGCGCUACAUACAGAAGUACCAUAGGGGUGUAUCUGGACUGGCCUGCUGGCAUUUUGUCCUUUUUUGAGGUCCUUCCUGAUGCACUGAGCCACCUGUACACUGUCUGUACAACUUUCACUGAGCCACUCUAUGCUGGCUUCUCGUUUGCUUAUGGAUCAGUUUACCUUCCUAAACUAAAGUGACCAAAUAAACUUUGGGGAAAUGUCUUAAACAUACAACUAGAAUGACCUAUUUGUUGCUGGCUACAUGCAAAAACAAUGAUACAGUACAUGUCAUGCAACAAUCAAUUUUUAAACCUCAUAAAUAUGAUGCUAGGUAAAAGCUGAUGGAGCAAAACAGAGACACUUUUAAAGUUUGAAUAAUGUUUCUAUGUGACAGUAUGAUGAGAUAACAUGGAUCCACAGUGGAGAGAUAAUUUCCUUUUGUUGUAUAUAUGCAAAUGAAUCACAUUUUUUGCUUUUUUUUUUUUUUUUUUUAACAGAAAGUGGUAGCAUAACAUUCCUACUGUCUUUUUUUGUAAAACUGUGUUUACGACAACUUUACCCAUAAAAUGACCUUUUCUAUAUCAGUUACUCGAUGUGUGUUAUUUUGAAUGUGCAGAAAGCUUUGUUUCUGUGUUGAUAUGUGUAUUUUACAUCACAUGUGCAGAAGAUGGAUAAUGAUAAUAAAAGAUAAUGCUGAAUAA